UGCCCGGGUCCGCUGCGCUAGGCCGCCCGCCCGAGGCAGCACCGGCAACGGAGCCCGCCGAGCAGGGGCGGCUGAGCCCGCGUCGCGAGCCGAGCUGAGGGGGCGUGCGGCCCCGGGAGGGCGGGGACGGGCUCGGCGGCCGCGCGCGGUGGGCGUGGCGUGGGCUGCAGGAAGCAGAGGCAGAGCAGCAACCGGGCAGCCGCGGCCGCCGACGGCCUCCCGCCGCGCUGACGGGCUGGGCGGGCCCCGGCUCUGGGCGAGCUCGCACGGCUUCGGCGUCUCGGCCGCGGCCCCGGCUCCGGAGGCGCCCGUCGGGGCGAGGGUUGCUGGUGGCUGUCGGGACCGCUGCUGCGGGAUGUGAGUGCGGGCCGAGCCCGCGCGGGAGGGCCCCCGAGGGCCCAGCCUGGCGGCCGCUCGCUCCUUCACCCGGCCCGGGGGCUCCCUAGACCUCGGCCCGCCCGACGCGUCGCGGAGGAGCAGCCCCUGCGCGCCUCGGAGCGCUCCUGUGUGGCUCAACCCGUGUCGUCGGUUCCAGAAGCAGGCUACGGGAACAAGAUGUGAACUGUUUUUCCUCCCCACAAGAAGAGGCCCUUCCUUUCCCUCCCGCGACGGCCAGUGUUCUGAGAAAGACUCUAGAUGGGAAUGGCUUGCCUUACAAUGACAGAGAUGGAGGCAACCUCCACAUCUCCUGUACAUCAGAAUGGUGACAUUCCUGGAAAUGCUAGUUCUGUGAAGCAGAUAGAUCCAGUCCUUCAAGUGUAUCUGUACCAUUCUCUUGGGAAAGCUGAAGGAGACUAUCUGACGUUUCCAAUUGGAGAGUAUGUUGCAGAAGAAAUUUGUGUGGCUGCUUCUAAAGCUUGUGGUAUUACACCUGUGUAUCAUAAUAUGUUUGCUUUAAUGAGUGAAACAGAAAGAAUCUGGUAUCCACCCAACCAUGUCUUCCACAUAGAUGAGUCAACCAGGCAUAAUAUACUCUACAGAAUAAGAUUUUACUUUCCUCACUGGUAUUGCAGUGGCAGCAAUAGAACAUAUAGAUACGGAGUAUCUCGUGGGGCUGAAGCUCCUCUUCUUGAUGACUUUGUCAUGUCUUAUCUUUUUGCUCAGUGGCGGCAUGAUUUUGUGCAUGGGUGGAUAAAAGUGCCUGUGACCCACGAAACUCAAGAAGAAUGUCUUGGGAUGGCAGUGCUAGAUAUGAUGAGAAUAGCUAAAGAAAAGGACCAAACUCCACUGGCUGUCUAUAACUCUAUCAGCUACAAAACAUUCUUACCAAAGUGUGUUCGAGCAAAGAUUCAAGACUAUCAUAUUUUAACCCGGAAGCGAAUAAGGUACAGAUUUCGCAGAUUCAUUCAGCAGUUCAGUCAAUGCAAAGCCACUGCCAGAAACCUGAAACUUAAGUAUCUUAUAAACUUGGAAACCCUACAGUCUGCCUUCUACACAGAGCAAUUUGAAGUUAAAGAAUCUGCAAGAGGUCCUUCAGGUGAGGAGAUUUUUGCAACCAUUAUAAUAACUGGAAACGGUGGAAUUCAGUGGUCAAGAGGGAGACAUAAAGAAAGUGAGACACUGGCAGAACAGGAUUUACAGUUAUAUUGUGAUUUUCCUGAUAUUAUUGAUGUCAGUAUUAAGCAAGCAAACCAGGAAUGCUCAAAUGAAAGUAGAAUUGUAACUAUCCAUAAGCAAGAUGGUAAAAUUUUGGAAAUAGAGCUUAGCUCGUUAAGAGAAGCCCUGUCAUUUGUGUCCUUGAUUGACGGCUAUUACCGACUCACUGCGGACGCACACCACUACCUCUGUAAGGAGGUGGCCCCCCCAUCUGUGCUGGAGAACAUGCACAGCAACUGCCAUGGCCCCAUCUCAAUGGAUUUUGCCAUUAGUAAACUAAAGAAGGCAGGGAACCAGACGGGACUGUAUGUACUUCGGUGUAGCCCUAAGGACUUUAACAAAUACUUUCUGACCUUUGCUGUUGAGCGAGAAAAUGUUAUUGAAUAUAAACACUGUUUGAUUAUGAAGAAUGAAAACAGAGAGUACAAUCUCAGUGGGACUAAGAAGAACUUCAGUAAUCUUAAGGACCUUUUGAAUUGCUACCAGAUGGAAACUGUGCGCUCAGACAGUAUCAUCUUCCAGUUUACUAAAUGCUGUCCCCCUAAGCCAAAAGACAAAUCAAACCUUCUUGUCUUCAGAACCAAUGGUAUUUCUGAUGUUCAGAUCUCACCAACAUUACAGAGGCAUAAUAAUGUGAACCAGAUGGUGUUUCACAAAAUCAGAAAUGAAGACUUGGUAUUUAAUGAAAGUCUUGGCCAAGGUACUUUUACAAAAAUUUUUAAAGGUGUAAGAAGAGAAGUUGGAGACUAUGGUCAACUGCAUGAAACAGAAGUUCUUUUGAAAGUUCUGGAUAAAGCACAUAGGAAUUAUUCAGAGUCUUUCUUUGAAGCAGCAAGCAUGAUGAGCCAGCUUUCUCACAAGCACUUGGUUUUGAAUUAUGGAGUAUGUGUCUGUGGAGAGGAGAACAUUCUGGUUCAAGAGUUUGUAAAAUUUGGAUCACUGGAUACAUACCUGAAAAAAAACAAAAAUUCCAUAAAUAUAUUAUGGAAACUUGGAGUGGCUAAACAGUUGGCAUGGGCCAUGCAUUUUCUAGAAGAAAAAUCCCUUAUUCAUGGGAAUGUGUGUGCCAAAAAUAUCCUGCUAAUCAGAGAAGAAGACAGGAAAACAGGGAAUCCACCUUUCAUCAAACUUAGUGACCCUGGCAUUAGCAUUACAGUUCUACCAAAGGACAUUCUUCAGGAGAGAAUACCAUGGGUACCACCUGAAUGCAUUGAAAAUCCUAAAAAUCUAAAUCUGGCAACAGACAAGUGGAGUUUUGGUACUACUCUGUGGGAAAUCUGCAGCGGAGGAGACAAGCCCCUGAGUGCUCUGGACUCGCAAAGGAAGUUGCAGUUUUAUGAAGAUAAGCAUCAGCUUCCUGCACCUAAGUGGACAGAAUUAGCGAACCUUAUAAACAAUUGCAUGGAUUAUGAGCCAGAUUUCAGGCCUGCCUUCAGAGCUGUCAUCCGUGAUCUUAAUAGCCUGUUUACUCCAGAUUAUGAACUACUAACAGAAAAUGACAUGCUACCAAAUAUGAGAAUAGGUGCCUUAGGAUUUUCUGGUGCUUUUGAAGACAGAGACCCUACACAAUUUGAAGAGAGACACUUGAAAUUUCUACAGCAACUUGGCAAGGGUAAUUUUGGGAGUGUGGAGAUGUGCCGCUACGAUCCUCUACAGGACAACACUGGGGAGGUGGUGGCUGUUAAAAAACUCCAGCACAGCACUGAAGAGCAUCUCAGAGACUUCGAAAGGGAGAUUGAAAUCCUGAAAUCCUUGCAGCAUGACAACAUUGUAAAAUACAAAGGAGUGUGCUACAGUGCUGGUCGGCGCAACCUAAGAUUAAUUAUGGAAUAUUUGCCAUAUGGAAGUUUACGAGACUAUCUACAAAAACAUAAAGAACGAAUAGAUCACAAAAAACUUCUGCAGUACACAUCUCAGAUAUGCAAGGGCAUGGAAUAUCUUGGCACAAAAAGAUAUAUCCAUAGGGAUUUGGCAACAAGAAAUAUAUUGGUGGAAAAUGAGAACAGAGUUAAAAUAGGAGAUUUUGGAUUAACCAAAGUCUUGCCACAGGACAAAGAAUACUACAAAGUAAAAGAACCAGGCGAAAGUCCCAUAUUCUGGUAUGCUCCAGAAUCCCUGACAGAGAGCAAGUUUUCUGUGGCCUCGGAUGUAUGGAGCUUUGGCGUGGUUCUGUAUGAGCUUUUCACAUACAUUGAGAAGAGUAAAAGCCCUCCAGUGGAAUUUAUGCGAAUGAUUGGCAAUGAUAAACAAGGACAGAUGAUUGUGUUCCAUUUGAUAGAACUUCUGAAGAACAAUGGAAGACUACCAAGACCAGAAGGGUGCCCAGAUGAGAUUUAUGUGAUCAUGACAGAGUGCUGGAACAACAAUGUAAAUCAGCGUCCCUCUUUCAGGGACCUAGCACUUCGGGUGGACCAGAUCCGGGACAGUCUGACUGCUUGAAUGAGAUGGCCUUUACUCAGAGACCAAGUAGACUUCCAGAAUCAAAGCAAAGCUCUGUAGCCACAUUGCUGUGGACCCUUAUCCACUCAUCCUUAUCAUAAUGCUAGCCAGAAGAAAAUUUCAGGCUGUCUGCUCAGAACUUGGGAAAUUUUAUGAAUUUUUUCAUACAUCAUCUGUAAAAGACACUGCUAAAAAGUCGCAAGAAGCUCGUAGAGAGCUGCAUGGAGCUCACUCACAGUCGCCACAUCUCCUCCUCCGGCACAGGAAGAGAGCGGACAUUUUCAACACAGCGUUUUGAAAAAUGAAACAAUUAUAAUGUAAAUUUUGCAGUGUUAGAGAUACACACAAUAUACAUGUACAGUUUUUACCACAUGGAGUGUACAAUACUUUGGCAUCUUGUGUGAUUUACACAAGGGCUGGUGUUUAUUAAUGUUUUCUAAUUUUUCCAUAGUUUAUCUAUAAUAACUUCAUGAUACAAAUUAAAAUGCUCAGAAAACUGAAUAAAUACCUUUUUUUCUUGCUUCUGUGCUGCUGUGUCAGGGCCUGUAGUUCCAUGUCACUGUAAAUAUUUUUCAAAGCAAAAGAAACAAAAGUAUAGUUUUAUUUGUAUAGUAAAUCUAACCCUAAAGACUUUUGAAAUGGAACAAUCUUACAAAGACAUAGCACAAUCUAUUUUCUUAUUUGUUGUCCUGUGUCUGUUUAUGGUAAUUGUGAUUUUACAUAGGACUGUCUGCAUCUUUUUCUAUGACUAUAGUGACUGAUACUCUUUUAUAUUUUUGAGGUUUAAAGUGCCAGAAAUACUUUGCUCCCUUGAACUGUUAACUGCCAAUAACAUUUCAGUCCCUAAGACCUGUUACUAUAUAUUGAAGUAUAAGCCAUAAAUAAUUUGUAAAAUGUAUAAGCUCUUUAAGAUGCAUAGUGGGUUAAAUAUGAACAAAGGCUGCGUGAGGGGUCCCGAGCUCGCUGUUGCAGUGGUAGGAGAAAUGUGCCUUCACCAGAGUCUCCCACAUGGACAGGAAGUGAGAGCCUGUCCAGGAAUGCCAGGAGUCUGUAAUGUACGUCGUUAGAAGAGGAGAGAGGGCGCACAUACUUCCAGGAGUCUGUAAUGUACGUCGUUAGAAGAGGAGAGAGGGCGCACACACUUCCGGAGUCUGUAAUGUACGUCGUUAGAAGAGGAGAGAGGGCACACACACUUCCAGAGUAUGAGUAAUUGUUAUCUACUUUAGUGCUGCUCCGUUUUAGACAAUGUCAUGUCAAAAAAAUAAAACAAGAUUUUUGUGUGUUAUUUAUACAAGAUUUUAAAUAUUUUGAUAAUUUGUUUUAAAAAUUCUCUAUUUUCAGUGGUGUAUCCUAUGUUUUACCUUGUACUUAAGAGCUUUGAUCUUGCUGAAGAAGGGACAGCAAGAAAUGCUCCUCACAUUCUUUGCGACAUUCUCGUAGAUAGCAGAUACAGAGAUCAGCUGGGGGAGUGAGACUGGUGCGUCUUGUUUAGAGAAAUUCUAAUAUCUUAAUGGAAGUUAGAUGUAUUUUAUGUAAUUUCUGAAUCGAAAUACAGUUGAUACUAAUUCUACAGCAUUUCAGAUGAAAGUCCUGUGUCAUAUAAUGUGAUCAUGAUUAGGAUUUUUAUAGUAAAAGCAGAUUUUUCAGAAAGGUCCAUAUAAUUUUGCAUAUUUUUAAAAAUAGUGGUAUAAACUACAUUUUGUUAAGCUUUUUAAAAUACUUGAAUUUUUACUUUUAAAGAAUCCCACAUACAUAUUCUUAUAUUUUAGAGUGUGAUGACAAUCUGACUCGAAAAUUUUAAGUUGUUAAGAGACUUCAUUUUCAUUGAGAGUUGAAAUCUUGAUUUGAACAAUACAUAUAAAGAAAUUAUUCCCAGACUUAGCUGCUUGGUUCCGCAUGAGGAGCAGGUGUCAGGUACAAUAAAAUGUUUUUUCAAGUUACUAUUUCUUAAAAAUUGAAAAGUUUCUCCAGAGUUCUACAGUUAUGUAAAUGUUUGAUGGUGCUGUUUGAUAGUCAUUAGUCAAUUAUCCCAUAUUAUCAUGGGUACUCGCUGUGGAAAAUAUUUAUUUCUUUAUGCUAUGUGUGUUGCCAGUAGCACCACAGAAUUUGCUCUGGAGGAGCAGCCUUCUUCCAGCCGUUUUCUGCCUUGAAGUGAGUGAGCUCUUAUAGUUGCCACGUCUGGUGUGUAAGCUUUAUCUAAACAGCCGUGUUAAGUAAUAGCCAUAAGGAAAUACCUGGAUUUCUGUAUCUAGGGAGCCGUCCUCCCCGGGGUCGCCUGUGUGCCCCACAUGUUGGCUACUGAUUACUUCAUUGGACCAUUGAGAGUUCGCAUAAGAUAGGAAGGCUGCUAAAAUAGUACAAUCACAGUUGUACAUACAGAUGAAAGUGUUUUUUACCAAAGAAUAAGAGAAUGAUAUUUUUAUUUAAUUUAACUUUUAUCGGGCAGUGGUGUAUCUCAGUGAUGGAGCCCUGUUGUUUUGAAUUGCAUCACCCUUAUGAUUUAAAGUGUCAAAUUUUUUUCCAGUGUAUACAUUGACCAUUUAUACUUUGUUUUGAGAACUGUCUAUUUGGUUAAUUUACCUGGAUAAUUAUUGACUGAAUAAUUUGUUUUCUGGUGUUUAUUUUUUUAGUUGCUUGGAUAUUAAUCCCAUCAAAUAGCUGACAAAGAUUUUCUCCUAC